UCAGCACUCAGACUCGCCGUGUCUGCUAUUGGUCGGUGGGAGCGAGUGUUAUUACCGCCGCUCCUUCUCUGCCAUGUUUCAACAUGCGCCUUUUGCCGAUAAGUUCAUUUCUGCAAGCUGCAAGUGAAGCAGUCGAUACUAGUCGAGCCAUGAGUGUUGUCAAAGCGCUAUUAUUUUUGCUGGGGCUAACGAUGGCUGAAGGGUUAAAGUGCUCCAGCUACCGUUGCGCAUCAGGCAGUCCGUGCAACAACGCCACAGAGACGACGUGCAACACAGGCAUGGGAGAGGACCGCUGUGUCUCUUACAAGUUCAUCGAGAGGGGAUUGGUUCAAGAGUUUCGAGGCUGUUUCAGGGCUUAUCAGUGCGCACCCCACGUGUUUUGUGACGGAAGGAACAGUUCGGGGACCGUGACCGAGUGCAUGAUGGGAUGCUGUGACACAGACAGGUGCAAUACCGGACCCUACCCCGAACUGCCUUUUAGGCCCACCGGACCCACUGGUUCUGACUUGAGUUGCUAUUCAUGCCCUCGAGGCAGCAAGUGCGACAACGUCACGGUGCAGCGGUGUGGAGUCGACCCCUUGGUGUCCGUAACUCAGGACCGAUGCUUGUCUAUGUCCAUCAAGAGACUUGUGAACGGAACGGAGGAGUCUUUAGGGUGGAAAACCUGCGGGGUCUCCACCUAUUGCGGACAGACCGGAUGUGACGCCAUCAAGACCUUGAUUUCAGGCGUGACAGACUGUACGUCUUAUUGUUGCUUCGGGAAUCUUUGUAAUGCCGGCUGGGGACUGUUGACAACUGCUGCGUCUACUUUGAAGGUCAACCCAAAUAGGAGUUCGACCGUUGGUGUCUUCACUCCUCUUUUCCUCGCUUUAGUGAUAAUUCCGAAUUUGUUAUCAUCAUAGCCACGGCGUUGAUCUGGUCACUAGAAGUCCGAGACUCGAGAAAGAGGUCUGUGAACACUAGGAACGUAAGAAAGAGACGAAUUGAGAAAAAAAAGAUGUCGCGUGAUGCCUUCAGAGGAGAUUUUAAGCGGGCCACCCUUAUACUUUUUAUUAUUCAAAAUCAUGUUUUUAUUUCUUUCAUGAAAUGAAUCUAAUCUAAUCUAAUCCUACGCGUACUUAUGUCUUAAUAAAACAUUCGUAUGGUGGAGUUGAACUCAAGUUUUAGUAACCUAUAAAGGAUGUUGGAAUUGAGAGCGGAAAAUAUCAAGAUACCAUGUUCUUCCACAUUCCAUACAACCAGCAAACUAAGUGUUGUUUUGAGGAGAGGAGAAGCUUUUUUUAGUAUUGGCCUGCCUUUUACGUUUAUGUUUGUAGGCUUUUUGUUAUAAUUUUGUUAUUUUUUUGUUCUUUAUCGUAUUUUAAAAUCUUUUUUCUUUCUGUGGGCUCUAUUGGUAUUUUAGCAUCUCUGUUUUACCAAAUAUGUUUCUAUCCUUUGUUUCAAAUGUCAGCUUUCAGAUGUCCGCUUAUAAUUAUUAUAUGCUAUAUAUAUUUUUUAUUCAUAAAUUCGUAAAUGACGACAAACACGAAAAUAAACAAUCACCAGUUUUACAUUAUAACUGAUGAAGUAACGUGUCACCAUUUAUUUGUGCUGUUGAAUAAAAUCACUACUUUGUGGUCUA